AUGUUUACAUCUCCCCUCAUCGCCCUCCUUACCCCGCUGCAGGCAGUGCUCUCUUGUGCUGUCCAUCGCUCCCCCGACCUCUCCUCUAUCUCCUCCAUCCAAUCCCAGUCCUUCCCCGACCUUGCCAAAAGCUUUUCUCAGGGAUGCAGCGUCUCAAACGUCACCGUGGCCCUUGGGUCCUCCUCCCUUUCUCUAGUUGACGGCCAGCCGAGCUCAACUAUCGCCGUGGGCAGGGGUAUUCAGAACUAUACUUGUACUUCCGGGGCUUACGUGUCUACUGGCGCUCUUGCCAAUUUGUUUGAUGUGACCUGCCUCUACUCUAUGACUGCUGGCAAAGUGGAUACCAACGAUCUUAGCACGUUGCUCCCCGAGAUGGCAUUCUCUGCCCUCCAAUACCCUGACACUCUGAACUUGCCUGUGGCUAUCCACCACCUCUUUGUCGAUACACCCGGAUCCAACACUACAGGGGCCAUCUCUCCCCUCUUCGUCGGCUCUACCGACCAAGUCCUCGUCUCCAAAACCGCCGCCUCCAAUGACCUUACAGACCCGUCCGUCAAUGUCCCCUGGCUCCAUCUUACUGCCGUCGAGGGACAGGGCACCUUGGCCAAAAGCGUGUACAGGCUGGACACUGUGAACGGGCAGGCUCCUUCUACCUGCGAUACCGAAGGUGAAGAUUUGAGCGUGCAGUAUGCUGCUUUGUAUUGGUUCACCAACUAG